CCGGCCGCCAUUUUGCUCCCUGGACGGACGAUGAGCCGAAGCUUCUGUCCCGCCGCCUUUUCCUUUUGGGCUUUGCUUGUGCUGUUCAGGGAAGCUGCGGCCAAAGCCCUGCCCUCCCUGAACCUUUCCGACGGAUGUGGAGCAAGGCCUGCAAUAGUUAACAUAACAGCAGAGACUCAGUCUUUAGGUGGAGGACGUGUUACUCAGCUUGGAACAUGGCCAUGGCAAGUUAGUCUUCAGAUUUAUCAUGUUCGAUCAGGUCGAUAUCAGCAUGUAUGUGGCGGAUCUUUAAUUAAUAACAACUCAGUACUGACAGGAGCACGUUGCGUUAAGAAAUGGGUGAACCCAGAAUAUUGGAGAGUUGUUAUUGGUUUACAUCAUCUUUAUAAACCUCAUUCUCACACCAAAGGUCAUCGGGUGAAAAGUAUCAUUAUCCAUUCUGGUUUCAAGUGGGACAGCUAUGAAAAUGACAUUGCAAUGUUUAAACUUGUGAAGCUUGUUGAGUACAAUAAAUAUAUUCAGCCUAUCUGCUUACCUCAGAAUUCUCAUCUAGUGACUGAUGAGAAUCCAUGUUAUAUAAGUGGAUGGGGAAACAGAAAGAAAAAAGGCAAAAUUCAAACUGUAUUACAAGAAGCUCAAGUAUUUAUGAUUCCACUAUAUGUGUGUAAUAAAUAUGAACGGUAUAAAGAAAGAUUAUCAACUGAUAUGAUUUGUGCUGUCUCGCCAACAAAUAGCUGUGUGGAAGAUAGCGGUGGACCUUUGAUGUGCUAUUUCCCAAAUGUAUCCAAAUACUAUCUGAUAGGCAUCACCAGUUUUGCUAAUGGCUGUAAUCAAGAUGAUUAUCCAGGUCUCUAUACAAGUACAAUUAGCUACAGAAAAUGGAUAGAUUUUAAUCUUCAUGACAAAACUACAAUGAACAUCCAAAGUAUUCUAGUUCUUUUAACUAUGGAAUGGGUAAUCUUUCAUCUUCUAUAAAUAGACACAUUCUUAGGUGGACUAUUUAACAUUUCUGCUUGUUUAUUUAAACUAUGUCAACUAAUUGAGUUUGUAAUUUAUAUAACUUUACAAUCCCAACAGCAUUUAAAAUAUAUUUCAUUUGUAAUUUUAGUUAUCAGGUCACAUUAUUAAAUAUUGUUGUAUUGUUGUAUUAAAUGCCUGAAAUUUUAUUAUGCUCUAUGAUAUAAAUUAACUGAUGUUAUCUUUUGGCAUAUGCAGUAGAAACCAAUCACUAAGUUGAAACUUAGGUUACUUCAAAGUAGAAGUGUGAUGUAUGAAUUAGUGGUGAAAGAUUAUACCAAAUAUAUAGUAGGAUUAGCUCUAAACAAGGUUCACGAAAUUGGAGAAAGCUUUUUUUCCUUAGUUUGCAACUCCAAAUAUUUCUAUCUUGUUGCUGUAGAGCAUUUAGAAGAAUGGAUCAUAGCAUAUUAUUGCACAGAUAAAUUCCUCUCUUUAUAUCAAUGGACUUCUGCCACAUCAGACAACACUUGUGGAUAAAACAAGCUUAUUGGGAGGAAACUUAUACUGGAUCCAAUCCAAAAUCACCUUUGAAGUACCAGUGUAAUAUUUCAUCUUUUACAUUUAGCUAAUUUAGACAAAAAAGUAUAAAGACCUAAAAAAAAACUUUAUUGAACUCGCAAGAAGGUUUUGUUUUUUUUACAAUGUGUUUCCCUGGACACAAUGGCGAGGAAUGUGAUGGAGCUUGAAAGGUAACACCUGCAUCCAGCUUCUCGCCUACCCCACCUGCCACCCCCAAAUUGCAUCCCUAAAGGGGGCUGGUGGCUAAGUAAGGGGCAGGAGCCCUGCCAUUCCCGCGAAGGGGGGGAGAAGAGAUGGCAAGGGGAGUCAUGCCUUGCUUCAUGCGUCGUGCUUCUCCCCCACCCCACCUGCCAGAAGUGAGUCUUUGUGAGACUCAAAAAAAUGAGAGAGAGAAUGGGGAGAGAGAAAGAAAAGAGAGGGAGAGGAUGCGAGGAAAAAGAGAAAUGAAAGAGAAUGGGGAGAGAGAAAGGGAAAAAAAGAAAGGGAGAGGAAAAAGAAACAAAAAUAGGCAGAGAAAGGAAAUAAAAAGGGAGAGGAAAAAGAAACACAGGUAUGAAAAGGAGAAUGGGAAGAGAAAGAAAAGAAAAGAAAGAAAAAGAAAGGGAGAGGAAAAAGAUAUGAGAAGGAGAAUGGGGAGAGAAAGAAAAAAAAUGGAAGAAGCAGAGGAAAAAGAAACACAUGAGAAGGAGAAUGGGAG